AUGUAUCUCUUGGGCGGGUUUCUUUACGUGUCCGUCCUCCUCAUCAAUGCCAUUGCCAUCCUGUCCGAAGACCGCUUCCUCGCGCGCAUCGGUCUGUCGCCCGCGACCUAUGAUCCGGCGUUUGGCCAGCCCGGCGGCGGCGGUGUCGGCGGCGGCGAUGCCAGCAUCAAGGCCAAGAUCAUCAACUUGAUUGCCAGCGUGCGCACGCUGAUGCGGAUACCUUUGAUUGUCAUCAACACGCUGCUCAUAGUGUAUGAGCUGGUCCUUGGUUAG